UGCUUCUCCGGGAUGUCACACCGCUGCUAUUUUCUCUCCACAGUCUCGCUCACUCCCUCAACCCACAGCUCCAGCGGACUGACACCGGACUCUGAGUCGAAACAAACCAACAACAACAAUAAGACACGACCCAAAAGGCCCGGAAAAUAAAAUGGCAGAGCUCGGUUCGGGAAGCCUGCCGUUGAUAGGAGAUCCAGCUUUCAACUACCAGCAGGACUCGGAGCAGGAACUGAGCGAAAGGCUGAAGCGGCUGUACCCGGCUGUGAACGAGGAAGAGACCCCGUUACCCCGGUCCUGGAGCCCCAAGGAUAAAUACAGCUACAUCGGGCUGUCACAGAACAACCUGCGGGUCCAUUACAAAGGCCAUGGAAAGAACCACAAAGAUGCAGCAUCAGUGCGAGCCACACACCCAAUCCCCGCCGCCUGUGGGAUCUACUACUUCGAGGUGAAGAUUGUCAGCAAAGGUCGAGAUGGGUACAUGGGCAUCGGCCUGUCUGCACAUGGAGUCAACAUGAACAGGCUGCCCGGAUGGGACAAACACUCAUACGGUUACCACGGAGACGACGGUCACUCCUUCUGCUCUUCUGGGACCGGCCAACCGUACGGUCCGACGUUCACCACGGGCGACGUGAUUGGCUGCUGCGUAAACCUCAUCAACAACACCUGCUUCUACACAAAAAACGGCAUCAGUUUAGGUGUUGCCUUCACUGACCUCCCUCCCAACCUCUACCCCACUGUGGGGCUCCAGACGCCUGGUGAGAUUGUCGACGCCAACUUUGGCCAGCAGCCGUUUGUCUUCGACAUUGAGGAUUACAUGAGCCAGUGGCGGGCAAAGAUCCACGGGAUGAUCGCAAGCUUCCCGAUAGGCGAGCGUGUCGGGGAGUGGCAGGCCGUCCUGCAGAAUAUGGUGUCCAGCUACCUGGUGCAUCAUGGGUACUGCGCCACGGCGACAGCAUUCGCCAGAGCCACGGAGACCGUUAUCCAAGAGGACCAGACGUCAAUAAAAAACAGACAAAGAAUACAGAAGCUGGUUCUGGCAGGACGGGUCGGUGAAGCCAUAGACGCCACUCAGCAGUUCUACCCCGCCCUGUUAGAACGCAACCCCAACCUUCUAUUCAUGUUGAAGUGUCGACAGUUUGUGGAGAUGGUGAACGGAACGGACAGCGAGGUCCACUGCCUCACCGUCCGCUCCCCGAAGUCCCAGGACAGUUACCCCGGGUCGCCCAGCCUCAGUCCCCGACACGCAGUCAGCAACACACGCCUGCACAGUGGAGGAGCAGACAGUCCCACCUGCAGUAACAGUGUGAGUCUGUCCAACAAGUCCAAGAACCACAGCAGCAGCAUGAAGUACCCGAGCGCCUCCUCCUCCUCCGCCUGCUCCUCCUCCUCUUCCUCUCCUUCCUCCAUAAACUACUCAGAGUCCAACUUCUCAGACUCCACCAAGAGCCAGCCACACAGCACCAACAGCACCCAGGAGACAAGCGACAGCGAGAUGGAGAUCGAAGCGGAGCACUACACCAACGGCGUCGUGGAAGGCUCGACGACACGGAUCAUGAACGGCACGUACAAACACGAAGAAAUCCUUCAGCCGGACGACAACAGCAUCUGCAACGGGGUCACAGAUGAGGGUCGCAGCAGCAAACAGCUCUGCGGGGGGAACCAGGCGGCCACGGAGAGGAUAAUCCAGUUCGGACGGGAGCUGCAGGUGCUCAGUGAGCAGCUGUGCCGCGAGUUCGGCACCAACUCCACACACAAGAAGAUGUUACAGGAUGCUUUCAGCCUGCUGGCGUACUCGGACCCGUGGAACUGCCCGGUGGGCCAGCAGUUGGACCCCACGCAGAGAGAAUCACUCUGCUCUGCACUCAACAGCGCCAUACUGGAGUCCCAGAACCUGCCCAAACAGCCGCCGCUGAUGCUGGCGCUUGGCCAGGCCACCGAGUGCGUUCAGCUCAUGGGUCGGGUCCGCUCCGGGUCCUGCUCCUUCGCUAGAGUUGACUACUUUUUGCGCUAGCCCUCGUUCAGGUUAACGCUGAGCAUCUUGACGGGGAGGCGUGGCCAGCUGGCUUUUGUCAUGGCGGUGGCGAGGAGCGAGCAUGCAUCUUAUUGGCCGUUGCACCGACAGAGGAGCAGAGAAGGGAGGAAGGCUUCCUAUUUAAUUUUAGUAUUAUCAAAUAAAGAAAUGUGUGACACUAUUUAAAGAUUAUAUUAUU